CACAUACAAGAUUUAAACAUUUGAUAAUAUUUUGUAAAUAAAUUACAAUAUAGAGUUCUUAAAUGGUGCAAAUUAGAAGAUAAUUCAACAAAAGAAUACAAAAUGCCUCAAUCCAAAUGGAUUUUGGAGAAAGUAGUAUUUGGCGGAAUUGUACAUCUCGACGAGGGCUUAACAACCAUUGGACGCAAUCAUCAUUCAACCAUUGUCGCUUCAUCGGAUUAUGUAUCGCGCAAUCAUGCACAAAUUCACAUUACACCGGAUAGCAAUGAAAUUCGAAUCACAGAUUUGGGCUCCAAAAAUGGAAUUUACGUUAACGAGUUCCAAUACAACAAUGCAGAAUGCAUUCUUAAUGUUGGAGAUCGCAUCGGCAUCGGAGUGGAAGUUGAAGAUUCCAUAGUUUCAGAUUUCCCUGAGGGAAAAUAUCCAAUUUAUUUACUUAAACGUUUGCCCGAAGAGCAAGACAAUGAAAAUCCACCAGAUGCCGUACCUUGCAAUGGAAAAGUCGAUCUGCCAGACCAAAAAGAUGAAAAUGUGGUAGAUGAAACAGAUGAUGAAUAUGCAGACGAAAUAAUUGGAAACGAUGACUUUGUUAUGCCACAGGCGCGUCCAGUGGCAGAGCCGGCAACGGUGAUAAUUAAAACAGAAAUUGAACCUCCACCUUUAGCUUCAUCCAAAAUAAUUUGCCAAAACAUUAAUGACAUAUUUGGUGAAUUGAAUUCAGAAGUACUCAAUACUCUGUCUCAAGAGACGAGAAAAAUAGCCUACACUAGUACCAUUAUAAAUAAACCAGUAAAACCUGAAGAUGUCAUCUGUAUUUCUUCCAGUGAGGACGAAGACUGUGAUCCUGUCGAUAAAAGACAAACCAAAGCUCGUAGUCCAGAACUUUUUAAUGGCUCUUUUAACAGUGAUAAAGAUAGCCCCGCUAGUAUUAAACAAAAUGGCAUACAGCAACCUGAUAGUUCUGCAACAUCUUCAACGAAUACAAAUAAGCAAUCGAAUAACAUUAUCCAUCAUGAAAUACACAUUCAAAAAGAUCAACAAAUUAAACCGGCAGAGAAAGAAAGCAAUAAAUCACCAGAGAAUAACCCAUCUAUAGCAGAACCUAAAUCACCAAAUACAGAAAACAACCUUAGAGCUGCAAAUCAGCUUGAAACAAAUCAAAUUCCAGCAGAAGUCAAUCUUCCCACAGAAAAUCACCAAUCAGAGAAAGAUUUAAAUGAUAUUAAAGACGAAGAUUUCGAUGACGAUACUAUAUUUACUCAAAAAAUGUUUGAAGAUAUGAAGGAAUUACUUGAAGACGAAGAUCCUGAUUUUAAAAUUGAAUCAGAAGACUCAGAUUCCAUUCCAAUCAAACAAGAAAUCUUUACGCAAAAUUUAGAUGGCACAAUAAUUAAUCUGGAUGAUGAUGAUGAAUUUGAUGAAGCUUUCGAAUCACUUACCCAAAAAUGGUCCACGAUGUUGUCAAAAAAUACCUUCUCGAAUAGCUUCAAUGCAUCUCAAGUGUAUGAGGAUGUUUAUUCAGAUGAAGAACCAACAUUAACGAGAACAUCUUUGUAUAUCAUUGACGAUGAUGAUGAUGAGUUAGAUUUUGUGGAUAGGGCAGCGAUGGUACAAGUGAAAACUGAACCUGGCAUUACUGAUAUCGAUGAACAAGUUUCUUUGCCAUCGUCCGAUAAAAAUAAAACUCCGGCGAGAGAUGUAAGAAGUUUACAGAAAACACUAUUUCAUUCAUCCGAUGAAGAGGAAGAAGAUGAAAGUGAUAAACCUACAACAUCAGCUGCAUCUCUAAAUAAAUAUGGUGAAAGAUUAAUCCUCAGGGAAGGAGAAAAAAGAAAUGAAGAAUCAUCAACAGCAGCUGGAUCUCUGAAUAAGUUUCACGAGAGAGUAAUUCGCAGGCUCAGUACAACAGAGGAAAUACCAACUAAAAAACCACGUUUGAGCAAAAAAUCUGAUGAUGAUGACAGAGAGCACAUUAGACGCUCAUCAUCAUCUUCACAUAAAACUUAUUCGCGUAAGAGCUCUGGCAGCAAACGUUCUCAUAGUUCUCUUUCACGGGAAGAUAGCUGUCCAAAGGAAGAUCUCUUUGACAAAUUAAAAGAAGACGAUAAACCUAAACAUUCUCGAAAAACAUCAUCGUCAUCUUCAAGUAGCCAUAAACAUUCAGGCGAGCAUAAAAAAUCAUCAGACAAAAAAUCACAUGGCUCACAUAGGUCUAGUUCGGGAAAUGAUCAAAUCGGAAGUUCGAUUUAUAAAUCUGCUACCGUAGCUAGAAUGAAUUCGGUUAAAAGUAAAUCACCUAUUGAUUUGAAUGAUGCAGACGAUUUUGUUGAAACUAAGAUUCAAAAAGUAGAGACGACCAAAGUAAAUGGAGAAGCAAAGCUGCCGGAGGUGCCAGUACCUGUGAUAUCAAGUUCAAAAACGAUACUACGAGGGCCACCCGAGAUUAUUCAACCACCAAAUCUUCCAGUACAUAAGGGAAAGUUAAGAGGAGUCUCCGCUACACACAAUAGAAUUGCCGAAAAACUUAAAGCAUCAUCUGAUAAAAAAGAUUUAAAACGAAAAUGGUUAGAAAAACCAUCCGCAAAGAAAGAUAAAGAAAGGGCAAGGGCAAUACAAGAAGAAAGAAAGAUAAAACUCAAAGAGUUAAAUGACAAAAAACUAUCGGAGAGUGGUAAUGCCGCCACAUCAAAAAAAACUACAACUACCAAUGCAGUUGCUGCCGAAGAUAAAGAAACAAACAGAAAAAAAUUAAAAGUUAAAGUAACUCAAAAUAAUCGAGGUGCUUUUCUUACCGAACAGCCACCCACAAUCACUCCGAAACCACACUACACAAUUCCCAAAAAGCAACCAGUACCAAAUGGCUCUUCCUCCUCAAAAAUAUCAAAUGGAUCUUCCAAAUCAAAAUCACCACCAACAGGAGCUUCCAAAAAACUUCCAGAACAAAGAAAACCAAGUUCUGAAGGUGUCACUAGUUUUGACAAGGAAUUAGCACAAGCUGAUAUUGUACUUCAAAGGCAAACUAGCCGUGAUCGAGCCAAGAGUACUGACGCUUCAAAUGAGCAAAAGAAAUGUGCUCCACCGCGCCGCAACAGUAAGAAAGUUAAUUUUGCUGCCAUGACGCAAUACAACGAAGAAACCGAGAGUAGUAUCCGUGCCAAAAGAUCUUGUAUGAAAAAUUUAAGUCCAUCUAAAAAUUCCGAACGAACUCGAAAAGUAACAUUCAAAUUACCUCCAGAGAUUCGUUAUAUUGAAUCAAGUUAUAGUGCCAAACCAAAACGCUUCCAAAGAGAAAGUUCAACUAUUAGGGAACGAAAAUCUAAUAUACGAGAACGCUACCCUAUUUUGGAUAGAACCGAUAUUUUGCUUGACGACAUUUUAUCGUGGAGCCAGCUUUGGUUACGAAAUAAACAACAUAGUGUCAAUAUCAUGGUUUUUCCCAUGUCCAAUAAUUUCAAAUCAUUUGCUGAUUACAAAAAUAUUGUUCUACCUUUGCUGAAGAUGGAGUAUCUAGGCCUUUUGGAACAAUGUAUGGAACAAAAUGGCACCAAACCGAGUAUCGUCUGUGAGGUCGAUUACACUGCACCACAUAAUCAUAGAGAUUUUCUGUAUGCAAAAUGUAAUUCACCUAUAAAGCCAUCGGAACUGUCAUUUAAUGAUUUGGCUUUACUUGAAAUCGCUACGGGUUCCACAUGGGGCAAAUACUUUGGUUAUAUUAGCAAUGUUCGGAAUUGUGGGCCAUCCAGUGCCAUUACCAUUGAAAUAAUUUCCAAUGCAAUUAACAGAGAAAUUCUAAGAUCAAAACCAAAAAUCAAAAUUCGACGAAUAAUUGAUGGCAUUCGUAUGCAUUUAGGCACAUUCAAUGCUGUCCAUCAACUAGAACAUACUCCUCUCAUCCAAAAGAUAUUGAAUCCAAUAGAACUCCUCAAAACUGACAAUAAUAACUUACGAUUACCAAACAUUGAAUACAAAGGUUAUCAUCAACUGAAUAAAGAACAACGUGAUAUUCUUUUAAAAGCAUACGAAAAAGCUAUUGAUCAAUUGAAUCCGAAUGUAACAUUAAUAAAUGGACCACCGGGAACUGGAAAAUCGUUACUUAUUUCAAAUCUUGCACUUCAAUUGCUCUAUGGCAAUGAGGUCAAUGAAUUGGAUAAGAAAAUUCUCAUUUGUGCCCAAAGUAAUAUGGCUGUAGAUGUGAUAGCAGAAAAACUAAUUCGUAUUAAAGCCAAGCUUACACCCCAAACUGCACCGUUUGAUGUUAUUCGAUUUGGAGUGGAAGAGAAGGUACAUCCAAAUGUAAGAGGAAUAACUAUUAAAGGUCUUUUACAACAACAUCGUAUGGAUGUGAUACGCAAACAAGCAAAUCAAACGAACGGACAUGCUCAAAAUGAAGAAAAUCUUGCUUUAGAGAUUGUUCAACUCGAGGCUAGAAUUAUUGAAAUGGAAAAACAAAACUUUCAAGACGUUCGAAAAGAAGAGCUUAUGGAAAUGCGAAAGAGCUUAGCGGUCAAGAAAAGUAUUGCUAACCAAGCAUUCCGACCGGAGGACGAGAGACGUCAUAUUAAACGUACUUUAGAGAGUGCCAAUAUAGUUUGUUGUACACUAAGUGGUUGUAUUAAACUUUCAAACUAUCUGGACUACUUUGACAUAUGUAUUAUUGAUGAAGCAACACAGUGUACCGAACCGUGGACUUUGAUGCCUCUGAAGUUUGGUGUGAGUAACCUGAUUAUGGUUGGUGAUACACAACAACUUCCAGCAACAGUUAUAUCACAGUCUGCCAAAGAACUUGGAUUGGAAAUAUCUUUGUUUACACGAAUUAAAAAAUGUUUGGAAAAUAACUAUACUGAGUCGUCUACAAUUAUUAAUCAACAAAGCCAGAACGAGACAAUAUUUAGUCUUCAAGAACAAUAUCGAAUGCAUCCAGAGAUAAGCAAAUGGCCAAAUAUGUAUUUUUAUAAAAAUCAAUUGAGAAACAAUCCAAAAACUAAUGAAUUCAAGUCAAGCAUUAAGCCAUUUUCUAUACUGAAUUUAGAGUAUAGACAAAAUGAUGCAUACUAUGGUCAAGUAUCAGGUCAAAUAUCAAAUAAGUUAGAAGCUGAGUUUGUAGCUAAAUUGGUAGCUACAUUGGAUAAUUAUAUACCGAAUAAGUUUUAUAGUUAUGGUGUUAUAACUCCAUACGCUCAUCAUCGUGAAACGUUGGAAAAUAUGAUAAGGAUAAGUGGUCUGAAAAAUAUAAUUGUGAAUACUAUUGACUCAUAUCAAGGUAUUGAAAAGGAUGUGAUUAUUAUUUCAAACGCUCGUACUCACGGAGUUGGGUUUUUGGGCAACUAUCAAAGAUUGAAUGUUGCUCUGACUAGACCAAAAAAAUGUCUAAUUCUUUGCGGAAACUUUAAGAAUCUAGAGUCUGUGCCCUCAUGGGCAAGUUUACUAGCAAAUGCAAAAGAUCGUGGACUUUACCAUAACAUCAGUGCCCAAGAAGCUUUAGACAUACCCAAAAAUGUAAUUGAAAAAAUCAAAAUUAAACGUUAAUCUUUGCAUUGUAACUAAUUCUUAAAGCUAAUGUGAUAAAUACAAAUAAGUUUGUAAAUUUAA